CGCUGUUGCGAGUCGAGCUGAGUCAGUGCCGCCAUGUCUGGCCGUGGCAAGCAAGGGGGCAAAGCCCGCGCUAAGGCCAAGUCGCGCUCCUCCCGCGCCGGCCUGCAGUUCCCCGUGGGCCGCGUCCACCGUCUCUUGCGCAAAGGCAACUACGCCGAGCGGGUGGGCGCCGGAGCUCCCGUCUACCUGGCCGCCGUGCUGGAGUACCUGACGGCCGAGAUCCUCGAGCUGGCGGGCAACGCCGCCCGCGACAACAAGAAGACCCGCAUCAUCCCCCGCCACCUGCAGCUGGCGGUUCGCAAUGACGAAGAAUUGAAUAAACUGCUGGGAGGCGUCACGAUCGCCCAGGGGGGAGUCCUGCCCAACAUCCAGGCCGUGCUGCUGCCCAAGAAGACCGAGAGCCACAAGCCGAAAGGCAAAUGAAGGAGCGCCGCUUCUCCCCCGACCAAACAUCCGUGUGAAACAAAAAGGCUCUUUUAAGAGCCACCCACGCUUUCAAAGGAAAGGGCUGAAGUCUGUGGGGGCGCUAAA